AUGGCUCUUUCACCUCGGUCUAUCGUCCUACCAGGUCUCAUUCACCGGUUCUCGACGGCACAGAGUAUCGAGCCGGAGCGUGCUGUUGGACUGUUGGACUAUGUGUUUGAGAAGAUGCAGGACGAGGAUGAAGUGGACAAGGUCCUUGUAGGUGUCGUGCCCGUGAAAAACGAUGGAACGAAGAUAACUGCCGGAGAAGAAGGUGGUGUGGAGAUGUGUGAAGUAGGGUGUGUUGCACGUAUUAUUCGUCUCGAAAGGACGGAUGACGAGCAUUAUACAGCUGUAUUGGAAGGCAUCUCCCGCUUCCGCAUUCAAUCGACACAACCAACCCCCAACGAGAUAUUUUUGACGGCGAAGGUACAGCAUAUAUUCGAGCAACAUAUUCAGCCGACGGAUAUCGCUGCUCACGCCCUCCUUGAACGGCUGAGGACAUCGGCGGAUAAGCUCCUGACCGCGAUGAAGCUACCCACAACCACGAUUACCCGCCGUUUGAAGGAGAUUAUUGGGAAGACAAAUGCCACGAAUGCGGGGGCUGUUGCCGAUUUGAUUGUAGGAAUGUUGGCGGAUAUUGAGUUUAAGGAUAAGUUGAAGGUAUUGGACGCGUGGCCGAUUACCGAGCGUUUGCAGACUGUGAUCGACAUCCUCGAGAGCAGGGUUGAGAAGCUCAAGGUUGAGGAGGACAUAAAGGGAAGUGUUCAGGAUUCUUUGCAGAAGAGGAGCAGGGAGUUUUAUCUGCGGCAGCAGUUGGAGGCUAUUCGGAAUGAACUGGCUGCUACUAAGAAGACUGGAACAAAAGGUGGGAAAGACGAUGAAGAAGACGAAGACGACCUCGCCGCCUUGAAGAAGAAGAUCGAGACUGGGACCUUACCGCCCGAGGUGAAGAAAGUCUGCACGAGAGAACUGAAGCGCCUCCAACAAAUUCCACCCCAACAAGCCGAGCACAACCUCAUCCACACCUACUUGUCCACCCUCCUGUCCAUACCAUGGACGCAGGGAACGGAGGAUAAGGUCGAUAAGGAGAUGGUUGCGCGAGCUCGAAAGAUCAUGGAUGAAGAUCAUUAUGGAUUGGGUAGGGUGAAGAAGAGGUUAGUUGAGUUCUUGGCUGUGGUAAGGUUGAAGGCGUUAAAUACUAGCGCCAUCGCUGGUGCGCUCGCGAAUGAGAAGAUGGAAGGUGACGCUAUCUCUGUUCCGAAGAAAGGGGAGAAAUCUGUGACUGACGUGAAGGCUGGGCAGAGGGGGGUGGAGGAGAGGAAACACACGACGGCGGAUCGUGCACCUAUCUUGCUGCUUGUCGGCCCGCCGGGCGUGGGAAAGACAAGUUUGGCGAGGAGUGUUGCUAGUGCGCUUGGGAGGAAGUUCCAUCGUAUCUCUCUCGGCGGUGUGCGAGAUGAAGCCGAAAUCCGUGGUCACCGCCGUACGUACGUAGGUGCUUUGCCUGGUGUUCUCGUCCAAGCACUCCGGAAGGUGCAGGUCAAUAACCCUGUGAUUUUGCUGGAUGAAAUCGAUAAGUUGGGGCAGAGGUCGCAUAAUGGGGAUCCGUCUGCUGCUAUGUUGGAAGUCCUGGAUCCGGAACAGAACUGGUCCUUUACGGAUCAUUAUGUCGCGCUGCCUGUUGAUCUAUCGAAAGUCUUGUUCAUUGCGACGGCGAAUUCCCUGGAGACGAUUCCGGCUGCCUUGUUGGACAGGAUGGAGACGAUUGAAGUCCCUGGGUACACCUACCCCGAGAAGUUGAAGAUCGCACAGAAGUAUCUAGUACCGAAGCAGUGCGCGGCAAAUGGCUUGAGACCGGAGCAAGUCGUGCUUGGUGAAGAUGUUGUGACAAAGGUUGCGACAGGGUGGACGAGGGAGGCUGGUGUUCGUGGAUUGGAGCGUGAGCUGGGGAGUGUGGUUCGUGCUAAAGCUGUGCAAUACGCUGAGGUUCACGACAAGGAUGGCGGAAGGGGAUAUGGAUAUGAUCCUGUCGUGAAAGCCGAAGACCUGGAGAAGAUCCUGGGUGUGCAGAAGUUCGUGGAUGAAAUUGCUGAGCGAGUGCACCGGCCUGGUGUCAUCACUGGGUUAGCAUAUUCAGGCAGUGGGAAUGGAGGGAUCUUGCUGAUUGAGGCAACGGAUAUGGCUGGGUCUGGAAGGUUACAAUUAACUGGGAACUUGAAGGAGGUGAUCAAGGAGUCUGCGCAGGUUGCGUUGAGUUGGGUCAAGUCGAAUGCAUCUGUGUUGGGGUUGUGUGCGGAAGGCGAGAAUCCUGUCAAAGAGCGGGACAUCCAUAUUCAUUGCCCUGCUGGUGCCAUUCCGAAGGAUGGUCCCAGUGCUGGAAUUGCGAUGACGUUGGCUAUCAUCUCGCUUCUUUCUCACAGGCGUGUCGACCCUCACACAGCGAUGACAGGCGAGAUGACACUACGCGGUUCUGUCCUUCCCAUUGGCGGUGUCAAGGAGAAGGUUAUAGGUGCGCAUCGUGCUGGUAUUACGAAGGUUCUCUUGCCGGCUUGGAAUCGGAAGGAUGUGGAGGGUGAGGAUGGGGUCCCUGAGGACGUGAGGAAUGACGUUAGGUUUGUGUACGUAAAGACGAUGUGGGAUGUUCUCAGAGAGGUAAGUCCACAACACCCGAUCCAGAUCACUCAGAGCCAUGGUCCUGGUCGUGGUCGGCUUCUUGGUCAAGGUCAGGGCAAGUCAGACCACUUCUGGCUCGUGUGCAAGGCUAUCCAGGUUAAGCAUAUGCAUCUGGUCACGCAAUUACGCACGAUCAUGGCGAUCGACGUGUAA